AUGGAUAAUUUUAAUGUCGCUUUGACGUCAAUAUCGGAGCAGCUCGAGCCGCUUUUUGCCUUGCCGUGGGCGGUGGUGUUGGAGAGCCUGAAAGAGGAGGAGCGCGCGAAACUCUGUCUGGCCAUGGCUUACGCUGUUCAUUCGUUGUACUACAUGCUCCUACGUACCCGGGGGCAACCGACCAAAACCCAUCGCGUACGGGUGGAGCUGGAGAGGGUAAAGACGUACAUGUCUCGGCUGCAAGCGGCAGCUCGCCCUCCUUCCCUCCUUUCCUCCUCCCCUCCCUCC